AUGGUGACCGAAGUUGAGGCCCUUAAGAAGGCUGUGGCCAAGGCCGAGAAAAAGGCAACCACAGAACAGGCUCUUUGUGAGAAGCACGCGGCCAGGGUGAUUAAAGCUGAGCAGGAGCUGCAAGAGGCCGUGAAGAACUCCUCAGUGACUGCCGUUGAUCGUUUGUUGUCUGCUCUGAGUGGUCAUUUUACUGCCAAGGAUUUGGGUGCUCUCCAUUACUUCCUUGGCCUGGAGGUUUCAGAGUCCCCUGCUGGCCUGACUCUCACUCGGCAUCAGAAUUCCUUGGACUUGCUGCAACGUGCUGCCUUGGAUGGUGCCUUGCUUCCUUCAGAUGAUGCUACAGAGUACCGCAUUAUUGUUGGUGGCUUGCAGUACUUGACUAUCACACGACCGGACAUCUCCUAUGAGUUUGCAUCUUCGGUCUACCUCCUCGAGUGCUCUCUCGGCGUUCUCUGA